AUGAUGAAACUAGUCAACAUACUGUUACUUUGUACUAGCAUCUCUUUAGUGCAAGCUGUUCUUCCAACACCACGAUACAAUGGAGGUUGUGCAGUAAUAAAUCAACAUAUUUACUGCUAUGGUGGCACUGCAAAUCGAGUGCCUACCUCAGAUCAUUAUUCACUAGAUCUAACAAGAGACUUUAGCGUAGCAAACUCGAUUGAGUCCUGGAAUAAUGUCGUGCCUGUUGGUGGUUUCACCGUUGAGCCCAAUAGCUUAUUUUCGAUCGUACCUUUAAAUGAUAGUUAUUUGAUCCAUGGUGGAUUGGGAUAUGGUUCCUCUACUCAGCAUUUGAAGAACACAACUGUCAUCUACCAUGCAAGCAACAACUCUUGGAGCGCACUGCAAGCUCAAAAUCAAACACUGAUGAUGCCAAGUCGCGAGGAAACUUGUACGCUUGAUCCGUCAUAUCGGAUGUGGACUUGGGGCGGCAUCAGUGACAACACAACCGCCAUCAACAUCAACAAGACAACCUAUCACGACGAAUUUCAAGUAUUGGAUUUGAAGGCACUAGCUUGGUCUUUCCCAGAUAAUGAUACAAAAACGUCAUUUCAACACACUAGUGUUCCUAAUCCGCGCUUAGCACACACUGCAACACUGAGUGCUUCAGGCCAAUCUAUUUAUUAUAUCGGUGGUUUGGAAAUGAAUGACAGUGGCACUAGCUUGUCUGGUGCUCCUAUGAAUGAAAUUCUCGAAUACAACAUUACGAGUGGUAAUUGGACAACACACACAUCUCCUAAGAAUACGACGAUUCCAGCACCAAGAAGACUUCACACUGCGACACUGAUUCCCAACUCUGACCUUAUUUUUGUAUACGGCGGAUCGGUAACAGAUGCUUCCAAUGCGGUUGCCGACUACAGCUACCUAUUAAACACAACAUCCUUCAUUUGGACGCCUAUCAACAUUGCAAACGCAAAUCUCGGAGCUGGGCCACGUUUUGGCCAUUCAGCUGUCCUACACAAUGAUCGAUCUCUAUUCAUCAUUUUCGGAGCAGAUGAUCUUGGCAUAUUGAGAAAUGAUUUCGCUGUCAUCGACGUUGGUCAUUAUCAAUGGGUUUCCGAUUUCAAAUCAAAUGGCAAUUAUGAAAGCGCUAUUACAGCUACUCCCUCAUCGUCUGCAAGCCCAACUGCUUCAACAUCCAUCAUCAACACAAACUCAAACAGCGAGAAAUCAUCCAGCACACAAACCAACGAGUUUCCAUUUAUAUCAUUGAAUUACAUGAAGACUGUAUAUUUGAUGAUUGGUACUAUGAUCUUAUUCACAUUUUUAUAG